CAUUGACUCACGCGUACCCGGGCGACGGUUUAACAGCAGCGUCCUCGGGACUACAUACGGAUAUAACCAACGGUGCUAAGAGACAGUAGGCUAGUCAACAUCGGCCUUAGAUAAAAUAAGUUAAGGUGUUGCUCUUGAUUAUGAAACAAUGGAUGAUUGAUAAAUCGAAGACAAAAUAUUGACAUUACGUUCUUGGGACUUGAACAGUUUAAAAGGAAGAAUUAUUUUUUUGAUUUAGUAUUUUUGUCUUUUUAUAUAUUUCUGAAUUGCUUUCAGCACAGAGAUUUUCGUGUCAGUGGACCAAUUUUCGAUAAAUUGGAUUUUUUUCUUUAAAGCAUUCGUUUCGACUUUAUCAAGGAUCGUUUUUUUUUAUUAUUAUUGUUCGAACAACCUCUUUACACAGAGAAGUUGUGUUGGGGAUGUUGAGCUCAGUGAAAAUGGAAUCUCAUGAUAUACCAGAAUGGAAUGCUUUCUACAGCGAAGCCAGUGAGAUGUACUCAUCUCCCAGCGUCAUGAACUCCAGUCUGGGCGCCAUGGGAACCAGCUACAUCAACCUGAACCCUGCUGGCUCCCCCGCCUCCAUGAACAUGGGGGGCUACCCCGGAGCUGGGGGGCUCAAUGGCAACCAGAUGACCUCCAUGGCUGGGGGGGGCAACCACAUGAGCCUGUCCCCCGUCACCUCCUCCCUGAACCCAGGCUCUCUGACCCAGCUGGGCUCCUCAGCCCCCUCCUUGGGCUCUCUCUCACACUACCAGAACAUGGGCCAGCCCAUGGGCCAGCUGAGCUACCCGUCCCCCACCUCCCUCUCCCGGCCCGGGGCCAAAGAGGUGCCCAAGCCCUACCGUCGCUCCCUGACCCACGCCAAGCCUCCCUACUCCUACAUCUCCCUCAUCACCAUGGCGAUCCAGCAGUCGGGCAGCAAGAUGCUCACCCUCAAUGAGAUCUACCAGUGGAUCAUGGACCUGUUCCCCUACUACCGGGAGAACCAGCAGCGUUGGCAGAACUCCAUACGCCACUCGCUCUCCUUCAACGACUGCUUUGUCAAGGUCGCACGCUCACCUGACAAACCCGGCAAGGGGUCCUACUGGGCGCUGCACCCGAACUCUGGCAACAUGUUCGAGAACGGCUGUUACCUGCGCCGGCAGAAGCGCUUCAAGAUUGAGGAGAAGGCGGCGAAGAAGGCAGCCGGGAAGGGUCAGGAAGCGGGGUCGGGGAAGGGCGGCCAUGGAGAGAGCCUGAUGGAGGAGCACAGUCCGGCGGGCGGCUCAGAGGGCGCCGACUCCGCCCACUCUGACGCGUCCCACCCGGGGUCCUCCUCCGACGACCAAUCACAGCAGAGGAACAUGGUCCCGCUGGACUGCCCCCGUCCCCCGACCUCCCACAUCCACAGCCCGCCUCUCUCCCUCCCCCCUUCUUCCUCUUCCACCGCCAUGGCUGUCUCCUCCAACCCGCUGCUCCACUCCCAGGCCCUGGGGGUCAGCACUCAUCUCCUGGGCAGCCCCAUGCAGCAGCAGCAGCACCUGGACAUGCACAGUGAAGCCCUAAAGUCCCUGGAUCCCCACUACAACUUCAACCACCCCUUCUCCAUCACCAAUCUCAUGUCCAACGAGCAGAAGAUGGACCUCAAGUCCUACCAGGACCAGGUCAUGGCCUACAACGGCUACGCCAGCAGCUCGCCCGUCGCCGCCAAGCAGAUCUACGACAACAACGUCCCCUCUGGCCUGGACACCGGGGCGUACUACCAGACCCUCUACAGCCGCUCUGUCCUCAAUGCAUCCUAACCUGGAGCAAACCCCCCCCCCCCACUGUCUCCUUUAACACCCCAUUUUAGCCCUCCCCUCCCCUCACCACAAACCCCCCCCCCACCCCCCCACCCCUCUGGCCCCCCCAUCAAAGCCUCUGUGGACUCUGGAUUUGAAGUCCUGCAGUCCUUCACCUCCAGCCAUCCUGCAGCCGGCGGAAAGCACACACCUGAAAUUUAAAAUGGCUGCCGCUCCAGGCUGGAGCCGAGCGUGAGGGAGCGUGUCUCAGAGCUGGACACACAGCGAGAGAGCGGAGGAGGCUGUCGUUACACAGACUGGAGAUGAAGGUAAAACAGAUCCUGGACACACAGAGCAGAUUCUGUGCUGUCGAAGGGGAAUCAGUUUCUCUGAAGAUCAUACGACAAAAAACCCCAGAAAAGGCUUGUGGUCAACAUCAUAUCAGAUCUUAGCCAGGCAUUGCAUUCAUCCUAAAUUGUAAUCCUUAGACUGAGUCCAUCUGACAACACAUGGGUGAACAAAGUAAAUUUGGGUUGUAUAAAUUGUAAAUAGAUGGAAAGGGGUGAAGGAGAUAAUGCAUUUAUUUAUGAAGGGAUUAAAUUUAAUAUAUCUUGUACAGUGCUGUGUUGAAAAGUUACAGACAAAUGUGACAUUUAAACAGGCUGAGAAAUUGUGGGAGAGAGCGAUGAAAAGAGAGAGAGAGAGAGAGGAGCUUCAGGUUACUGCAUCACAGGGAAUUCCUAUGUUUUUAUUUGUUGUUCUUUGUGUUACAACUUUGUUCAUUCUUAGUUUUGAUAUGCUGUUUUUAUCUCUUUCAAAAUUAUACACAUAUCCAUACUACUUAAGUGUAGCUGCCAUGGGUCAUUUUAUAAAAUGGCGGAAAAAUCUAUUUUUACUGAUGCAAAGAAAGACAUUUCUGUUGAUCUCUAAUACUACCCAAUAUCCAUUUUGCAACUAAAAUUUUGUAAUAAAAUGAAGAAAAAAAAAUAAGAGUAUGAAACUGUGGUAAGCGGUGUUUCAGGUUUGUUCAUCAUUUGUUCGUUUUAAAAGCAUUUUGUUUUGUCAGAGGUUCCUUCAGCCCCCCCCCCUCCCCCCAUUUAGCUGUUUUUAAUAAUAAUUCCUCUCCUUGGGCUCGGUUCUUGGAGUACAGCUGAAUCAGUUACUAAGAUAGGAGUUGAAUGAAGAUGCACUACUGGGUCAUUUACAUACAGUCCUUUGCACUAGAGUUCUGCUCUGUUUUGCACAGCUAGAGAGGGCCUGAUAGUGUGUUACAACAAUGCCUUUUCACCACCCCUUCUUUCCAUUGCUAAUGGCAAACCAGGAUCAUAUCACUGACUACAACGUCAGAACAUUGUGUUUUUGUCCUCAGAAACUCACAAGUGCCUGUUCAACAUGUGUCCAUGGGUGAACAAAAUUAACUGGAGAUUCACUGAAGGAACCCUUUCAGAAGGAAAAAAAAAAAAAAAGGAUAUACAGAAGUUAUGAAUUUCAGGUCAGAAAUGCUGUUUUCAUGUCUCGUAUUUUAGUUUUUGUGAAAAAGACGUGUUUAUUUAAACCAAACCAUGUUGCUUUUCAAACUCAGAAAAGUGUGUUAAUAUAUACGUAUAUAUAUAUUGUGUUGUAACGUUGUUGUUUUGUUGGCUUGAAUGUUGUGAUUAAAAUGAUUUCUGUUUUUUCAUAUUAAAAAGCUAAAUUUCGGGGAGAAA